AUGUCAAGAUCUCGACGCUUUAGUGAGGAUUAUGUGUUAAUUAUUGAUCCACCUAUUAAUGAAUUCUCUCCCAACGAAUGAUCGAUUAUUUUAAAAGAAAAUGAUCUUCACUAUACUGAUCCUGACCGAUUACGGCAAUCUCUCUUUGUCGGGAUCCCUGCCAGUCUGCGUGGAGAAAUCUGAACUUUUAUAUCCCGAGGCAACCGAAUUCAUGAUGAUCAGUAUUUAAUCCUUGCUGAACAGUCAAAGCAACAAUACAGAUUAGCCUCUAUUGCAUGAGGUCUUUGGUGACUGCAUCGACAAUAUGACUAAACCUGUCUUUAAUAAACUAUACCUAAUUGCAAUGAAUAAAAUCAUAUUGACAGCUGCUCCCACAUUUGCUAUUUGAAAAUAUAGAUAAUUCCUGGGGAUAGCGCGGAAUACGCUAUCCCCAGGACCAACCGGGAUCGGAUUCACACAUGGAACGGGAGUUCCAUGUGUGGAUCCAUUUUUUACAUGUGAGAUAUUUACUUUCACGUGUGAAAAAUGGAUCCACACAUGGAACCCUCGUUCCAUGUGGGAUCCGAUCCCGGUUGGUCCUGGGGAUAGCGUAUUCCGCGCUAUCCCCAGGAAUUUUCUAUAGUACAAAUAGGGAUGCUUUAUUCACUGUAAUUAGAAUAAUUUAACCUGCUGAACAGUCAAAUUCAGAAAACGAAACAAUGAUUCAAAAAGAUCUCGCUAGGACUUUCCCAACUAUAGAAAUGUUCAAAGAAACUGAAGGACCAGGCCAAAAAGGGGUUUUAAAUAUAUUAAGAGCUUACUCAGUAUUUGACGAAGAAAUUGGAUAUUGCCAAGGAAUGUCUUUUAUUGUUGGAUUAUUACUUACUCCCCCCCCCCCCUCCGUGCGAACAAAAAACCAUUAGAAAAAUCGGCAUUUUUUGACCAAAAACCCACCCUCCGUGAGUGAACAAAAAUUUUUUUAAUAGAAAAAAUUUUAAUGGAAAAAAAUUUGAUAUAUAAGUGAUAAUUAGUAUAAUGAAAUCUAGAGCUAAUUCUGUUUAAUUUUAAACAAAUUGCGUUUUAAAACAUAAAUUUUGCAAAUUAAAAUUAAUAUUUGCUUCCCAAUUUUUGCAAAUUAGGAUUUUUUUAAAUUUCGAAAAAAAAUAUUUUUUUAUAAAAAAAAAUUAACCCCCCUCCGUGAGCGAACAAAAUUUUUUUGUUCGCUCACGGAGGGGGGGGGGAGUUAUGAAUAUAAAAAAUCCAGAAUUGGCGUUUUGGACCUUUGUGAAUAUCAUGGUUGAUAAGGAUUGAAGAAGCGUGUUCAAGACUGGGACUCCAAAACUUAUAAAAAUGCUUGAUACCUUCGCAGGGGAUUUACAGAGAAGCUUAGGAGACGUUUAUGAGCACAUUCAAAAAGAAGGAGUAGAAAUGACCAUUUUUUCGUGGUGUUUUAUUACACUUUUUAUAUGUAAAGCUCCUUUGGAAUUCAGCGUGAGGAUUAUGGAUAUGUUUUUGUGCGAAGGGGAACAAAUAAUUUUUUCCUCGUUAUUGAAAAUGCUGUCUUUGAAAAAAGAAAAAAUCUUGAGGAAGAAAUUCGAGGAACUUGUAAUUUAUUUUAAUGGGCAGUUUGUAAAGGAGUGCUUUGAUGAAUUUUAUAUAACAACACUACUGAGUCCUUUGGGGUAUGUGAAUGGGAUUGAUGAGGAGUAUGAAGUCUUGGAGUCUUAA